UCUCCCCCCACCAUUCGCCACGGCGUCUCGACGCCGUGUGGCUCGGACUCCACCGUUAGAGCGUCGUUUCAGUUACCAACAGACCGCGCGAUCGUUCGCAUCGCCGAUGCGAAGCAAGAGGGGGAGAGAGAGAGAGAACGAGUGAAAGGAAGAGAGUGAAAGAGAGAGAGAGAGAGAAAGGAGUGCGCGAGUGUACAUACGCGCGCAAAAGGGAGCGAAAGAGAAGGAUCAAAAUAAUACGAGAGAAAGACGCAUCGGGGGAGGAGAAGAGAGAGAAAGAGGAGAACGAGAGGAAGAGCGAACCAUGUUACGAGUCGUCUUCGUCUUCGUCGUCGUCGUCGUCGUCGUCGCCGUGCCGCUCGGUCUCGCCUGAACAAAGGAAGGUUCUUCUCCCUCGGCUCUCCGCGUCGAGGGUCGUUUCCGAUCGACGAACCGUCGGGAUCCUUCCUCGGGUGUCUUCGGCGCGGCUCGUGUGCGUCGGGCGCGCACGAAGCGGUCAGUCACGUAGCAGCGGCCGAGACGUGAGGAACAAAGGACGGCGGCAGGAUCUCCGCGCGCGCGAAAGAGGGUAGAGCGCGGUGCGGGGUAACACAAGGCGAGUCUUGUAAACGCGCGACGGUCGCGCGCGUUAUUUCCGGCGAGACGCUGUUGACACUCACGGUCGAAGAGCGGGCGGCGGUGUAAACUUGAUCGAUCGAUCGAGAUCUCAAUUCCAAAAAAAAGAGAGAGAGAGAGAGAGAUUUCUCGUUCCGCCGAACAACGCGAGCCGCGCACGCCGGUGUUCCGAAAGACGGACGCGUCGACUUGUGCAUUGUGCGUUGUUUUUUGCUUUUUUUAUACUUUUCUAUCCUGACGAUAUCCCAGUGCGACGAUCCCGCGACAAGAGGGAAAGAGAGAGAAAGGAAGAAAGAAAGGAGCGGCAGCAUACCUGCUCGUCGGACAUCCUCCGUGUACGAAAGGGACAUUUGUGAGUGUAAAAGAGAGAGAGAAAGGGACCGAGAGUGCGGUAGAGUGAGAUAAGAACGAGACCCCGGAUUUUUUGGCCUGCCUGCUUGCUUGCCUGCUUGCUUGCCUGCUUGCCUGCCUGCCUGCGCGACGAACCGGCGACCUAACCUAACGACAACGACGGUCGAGAAGUGCGCGCGAGAAUCGACGAGAAAGGGAGAAUCUCGUUGUGUGCGCGGGUCAGGGGAGAGCGGGAGCUCCGAAUAGGACGAAAGUGAAAAGGUAAAAAAGGGGAAAAAAAGUCGGAUCUCCGGUGAGCGCUCCCGGUUCUCCGCUCCGACGUCCGUUUAACGACGUCCGUGGAUCUCUCGUGUGACAUGUGCCGCAGAGUGUACCGCGACUGAAGGGGGACUCAAACGAAGAGAGCUCAACGUUUAUUCGGCAGCGCACGGAUUAUCCUCGUGUUUACGGUGAGUAUUGCGGUGUCCCGACAUUGUACCGCGGAGAAGUCAUAAAUUUUGUUGCUACGAGAUUACCGCGUAUUAUAUCUGGAAGGGAUGCCGGUUGACUGAAGAUGGCCUCGCCGACACCCUCAUUGGAAUCGCGCGCAAAUUCCCUCGGGUCCCCGGUCUCGCUGUCCCCAGUAACGGUGAGCGGCAGCUCGCCGCCUGCUAGCGAUUCGGCGAUCUGCGACGUCGACAGCUGCGACUUGUGCCUCGACGCACCAAAGUCGGGCGAAGAUCCGUGCCCGCGCUGCCGGCUGGGUAGCACCGGUGGCACCAGUCGCAUCCGUUGCACCGGUUGCAAGUCCGGCUCCACCGAGGUUGGAGCGCAGCCACUGGCUGUAGCGCGUUGUUACGAUUGUGAUCAGUUUCUCUGUCCAAAUUGCGUGAUGGCACAUCAAUACAUGCUCUGCUUCGAAGGCCAUCGAUUAUUGAACUUGGCCGACUCCAAGCUGGAAACCGUCGGCAGUGGCGGCGGCGGUGGCGGCGGCGGCGGUGGCGGUGGAAAUGGCGGUGGUGGAGGUGGCGGCGGUGGUAAUGGCGGUAAUAGCACCAUCACCGCGACGACGGAACUGUCUAAAAACGUUUGUAACGGCAGCAGCGGCGGCGGCGGAGGUGGCAACAGUCUGGUUAUCAACGGCACCGGAAAUAGUAAUAACGGCACCAACGCCGAAAAGAUACACUUCUGUUUGCGGCACAAGCAGGAGAUAAUCAAGUACUUUUGCCGAAGCUGCAACGUACCGAUUUGCAAGGAGUGUACACUGACGGACCACGUGGCGCCGCUGCAUGACUGUGCUCACGUCUCGGAAGUAGGCACGCAACAGUUGGAGGCGUUGUCGCGGAUUGUCCAGGAGUGCCGCGCGAAGGCGGCGGACGCGCGUGCGGCGGUCAAAGCGUCGGACCAUAACGUCGCGAUACUACAGGUGCAGUAUCACAAGGCGCAGAACGAGAUCAACGACACUUUCCAAUUCUAUCGAUCGAUGUUGGACGAGCGCAAGCAGGAACUGCUGAAGGAACUCGACUCUGUGUUCUCGACGAAGCAAAUAUCUUUGAACGUACUCUCCCAACGAGCCAACGAGAUGGCGGACAAAAUGAUGCAGACCUGCGACUUCGUCGAGCGUGUCACCAAAGUCACCACCAUCACCGAUUUCCUUAUGGUCAAGAAGAUCCUUGAGGCCAAGCUCCAGUCACUGCUCAGUUACACGCCGAACACGGACAUAGCCAAUCAAACCGCGGACCUUGAGUUUGUCAGCAAUUACCAGGCUAUACAAGUGGGAGUGAGGAACACCUUCGGUUACGUUCGAAGUAAUAGCAACAGCGAAAACAACGCCAGUUCGAUCGGCAAGCAGCCACCUAUCGCGCGACCUACCGCUCUGUCGAGCAAUGGCAUUGGUAGCGGCGGCAGCAGCAACAUCACUAAUGGACCCGGAAGCGGUGCCGGUUCUCUGGGUAGUCUUCUCUUAGAUCGGACUUACAGUAACGGCCUGAUCUCCUCCAGUAUGAAUUGCGGCUCGUCGUCAUCACCUUCCUCAAUCGACACCGUCAGCAGCGUGAUCUCAAAACGUUUCAGUUCGGCCAAUAGUCUAGGUCCGUUCUCCACGACGAUCAGCGACGUGAAUCUGAACGGCAUGAAUGCUAAUCCGUAUGAGAAAUGGAGCAACGGCGGUAGUGACUCUUACCCGGUCGUGACGACGAACGACCAUUUCGCGAUGCCAUCGGUAGCCGUAGCGACGAACGCCGCACCAGGCGAUUCCGUCCUUGAUUUGACCUCGAAAUUAAUGUCCGCCACCGCGAUAUUCCCGCCCAAGUCGCAGAUCAAACGGCAGAAGAUGAUCUACCAUUGUAAGUUCGGCGAAUUCGGCGUGAUGGAGGGUCAGUUCACCGAGCCGUCAGGCGUCGCGGUGAACGCGCAGAACGACAUUAUCGUUGCCGACACGAACAAUCAUCGUAUCCAGAUCUUCGAUAAGGAGGGCAGGUUCAAGUUUCAAUUUGGCGAGUGCGGCAAACGCGACGGCCAAUUGCUCUAUCCGAAUCGCGUCGCCGUCGUGAAGACGUCCGGUGACAUUAUCGUUACGGAACGCUCGCCGACUCAUCAGAUACAGAUUUACAAUCAGUACGGUCAAUUUGUACGCAAGUUCGGCGCGAAUAUCCUCCAGCAUCCGCGCGGCGUCACCGUCGACUCGAAGGGACGGAUCGUCGUCGUAGAAUGCAAAGUGAUGCGCGUCAUCAUUUUCGACCAAACGGGCAACGUUCUACAAAAGUUCGGCUGUUCCAAGCAUCUCGAAUUCCCGAACGGCGUGGUGGUGAACGAUAAACAAGAGAUCUUCAUCAGCGACAAUCGCGCCCAUUGUGUCAAAGUUUUUAACUACGAGGGCGCUUACUUACGGCAGAUCGGCGGUGAAGGUAUCACCAACUAUCCGAUCGGCGUGGGCAUCAAUACGCACGGCGAAAUAUUAAUAGCGGACAAUCAUAACAAUUUCAAUCUGACCAUCUUCACGCAGGAUGGCCAGUUGGUCUCGGCCCUUGAGAGUAAGGUGAAGCACGCGCAAUGUUUCGACGUGGCUCUGAUGGACGACGGCUCGGUCGUGUUGGCCAGUAAGGAUUAUCGACUGUACAUAUACCGCUACGUACAGGUGCCGCCGAUCGGCAUGUAGAGCAGUGACGCGUCACGACGACGACGAUGAUCGUCGUGCGCCAGUGUCAACGUUUUUCAUCGUGUCAUCGCCAUCAUCAUUAUCGCCACUUUUCGUCAUUGGACGGUCGCGUGGCCACCGCGAUCUCAUCAUCGAUCUUUCCUCUCACCUACAUCCGCCUGUCUUCUACGUCCGCUUCACCGCCAACGCUCGCGCGCUCAACUCACCACCUCUGCCAUCAUCUACCAAUCAUCGUCAUCAUCAUCAUCAUCAUCUUCAUCUUCAUCUUCUUCUUUGCUCGCCUCACCUACGAGACGUUUCAAGUCGACCAUGAGAAAAGAAGCGCACCAUUUAUUGCUCUAUACACGACUCUCAAGGGACCGACUCCCGAGCGAGUGUCGUUCACGCGGCAAGAAAUUGGGAGUAGUCACCUCGCCGGAACUUUCCCGAGGCGCUCCUCUUGUGGACUCUGCCGAACGACGGACAUCAUCGACGGUAUGCGAGAAAGCACGCGCGUGCUUCCCCCGAUAUUCUUGCGUUUCCGCGAGCUGCUGCCCCUCUUCGUCCCGCAUGGACGAGCGGAAAGAAAGAGAAGAAACGCGCGACGCUUUGUACGUACAGCCCUCGCGACGCUGGGCUGUCAAAAACCCGCAAACAAGAGAAAGAGAGACAGAAGGAAAGAGAGUGAGAGAGGGAGAGAAAGAGAGAGAGGACGUAAAUCAACCCUGCCCCGACAAAUUCGCGCGCGCUCCUUUCUUCGUGCGUACGCGCCGUAUAUGUGCGUGCGCGUACGCGAUAACUUACUUGUUAAUGUUGUUAUAAUACUGAAAAUACUGUUGUUGUUGUUUAGUUGUAGAGCUCGCCGCCGCUAGUCACUUCCCCCCCCUCGCCUUCCACCCUCUGCUCCUCUUCCUUUCACACCCGUUACCAUUCUCCCAUCUCCUCGUUCCUAUUUCCCAUUACUAACCUUGGUCUUCUCUCUGAGACCUCGUCCGACGAUUACAUCGGAAAGCGCGUUUCCACUCGUUACGACGACAUGGUCCACACUUAACUAACACAUGCAGUUCGGGUCGUUACGCGUGCCCGAAUUCACGCGCGUUUACCACAUUUUCGUUACUCUCUUCGACGGUGGUCGACCGCGACCGUCGCGCUUGGGUCACCUGCGGUCAUCGCGCUUCGAGAUGUCUCCCUCCAAAUGCCGUGCUAGGUUCGCGAGGAACGUCCGUUUGUCGCGCGAACAUCCGUUUCGUUGUAUAUCUCGUGAAAGAUUCGUUUUGAGAUCCACGCGAAAUCCAAUGAUAUUGCGCAAACCGCCUUCAACAGGUUUGAUCUUGUCCCACGGGACACGAGACUGAUUGCCGCGAGUAUUGUAGGGUCUUGUUACUCCGGUAAGCUUCACCUUAUCUGCGGUCUUCGUUCAACGACUUUGUUUCCCAAAUUGUUCAUAUGCUCUCUAUGGACAAUUGUUCGAUCUUACCGCGUAAGACGUCAGAUUGAUCCAUGUAUUAUUAAUACUAUUUGUGGAAAUAGUUGGAGAAAUUAAUUAGUAAUUUCGUCAUUAUAUUUCGAUACAGUAUAUAAUAUAAUAUGUCGACAUAUUUGGGUAGCAGACUCGCCGAAGAUCGUUGAAUCAUGAGCACAUUUACGACUCUGUUAAUCAAUUGACCCAAUAUCAUCCGUGAGACGCAAGAAUCGUCCCGCGGAUUCUAUGUCUGAUCCGUAUGACGGAACAUCUUAUAUGUUGCGAAUCGAUAUUCUCGUUGCCGAAUUAGCCCUUCGAGUCCCAUCUCAUUCGCUUUUCCCCUUCGUUUUGUAAUGAUUAUCGACAAUUCCUACGGAAAUUGAUUCUGAGGUGCAUUUCGUAACUAUGACGGCGUUUCACUGAACGGUCAUUGCAAGCGUUAAUUUUUUUCGUUUCUUAUUGAUUGAAUUUUACUUGAUUAGUUUUCGCACCUCAUGCAAACCUGUACACUCGUUUUCAUUAUAUUUUGUCGCAAAAAUGUAUCGACUCACGUUAACUUUUUGAUCAUACGAUUAAUAUUACUUUUGUUCGCUCAGUUUACGUGGUAAAUUUAAUUAACUUUUAUUGGCGAGUAUGCACAGAGUGUUUAUCGACGGUAUCGUUAUUACGUUUACAUAUAUAUGUCAUGAUAGUUAAAGUAUUCGCGGGCAAGGAUUACAUCAAGUAACGUUAACGCUUAAAUACGAGAUCUUGAAUUUAUUCGUAGAUAACGCAGAUAAUUUUGGUACAGCUAAAAAUUGUUUAACUCACGGAGACACACACACAUACAGAAAUCGCAAGAGAAAUUCAUAGAGAAUGGUGUAGUAUUACAAGAACUGAAUCUCAAGAAAAGAAAUAGGAUGCUUGGCGUUUGAUCCAUGCACAAAGAAGAAGCUUUGAUUGCGUAUAUCGAUGUUAGAUUCAUUGUGGCUCAUUCUCGACUCUCAUAGCAAAAUGACGCAAUCAUUUUAAUAUAACCACUAUCCUCAUCAACGACAUGAAAGCGGAAGACGAAUUGUCUUCUCCGACUUCCCAUUUUACGGCGAAAAAAAACCCUCUUCCUUUUUCUUUCUUAUUAGCGUAGUUAGUAUCGUAGAGCAUAUAGUAGCUAUUAGCCGUUUUAGCAAUCGUGUAAGACUUUCCUUUUUGCUCUGUAUCUCGUUCUCUCGAUAGUUACGUUGUCACAGCCUAAUGCAUCUUUUGUCCUUCUCUCUUUUUCAUUUGUGUCGCUGCGCUUAUAAAAAAAAAAGAGAAUGCGUUGCUGCUGCUUACAUUCUUUGAUUUUGAAAUGAAACCACCGUCUAUCCACACCACCAUUGACGAGAAUCACUACCACCGUCCUCCGAUUCCCACCCGACUGCCGCGCAGCCGUUUUAGGUUUGCGCUCCGGCAGUCUUUCACUCGAAAAAAACUUAUAGUAUUAAUAAUAUAUUUUGUUGGAUGGAUCGCCAAUCGCGGAAGUCCUCGCAAGUCUCCGCCGCGCGACUCCGUGCAUGUUUGCUAUUAUUAUAUUUUUUAUUAAUAUUAUUAUAUUAUUAUUAUUAUUAUUCUAUUACUAUUACGUGUUGCGACUUUCGAUUGUCGAUACGUGACGUCAUCCAACGCCCCCGUAUAGUAAAGAGAAAAAGGCUAGCUGGCAUACCUUAAUGGUCCUAAUUACUAUGACGAUUCGUGAAUUAUGUCAGGAUUUUCGGCUAUCGAUUAUCGUUUCGUUCGUACGAACACUAGCGAUUUUGGAAAGUCCUUGGGUUGAUCUAACAUUUUGAAAUUCUCGCGUUUACACAUACAGUCAUAUGGAUUCGCGGGAAAAAAAUUAUUAUAUUUACAGAAUAUUACAAGUUUUACGUAGAAUAAUUAUUGAAAUUUUUUUUUUUAAUUGAAUCGAUCGAGUAUCGGAUUAUUGUUUCAACUCAGUGACAGAUUUUUAAAUGGAAUAGUGAACUAAGAUUGUAGGUGGUAAUAAUGAUCUGUCAACAAAUUAACUUUUCGCAAUUCGAUUGGAUAAGCGAUAAUUAAAAAAUUCGACAUUUCCACGUCUCCGAACAGUUUCACCAUCGAUUGCAAUAACGGAUCCUGGGAUAAUUCGUAGUCAUCGCUAUGUUUCGUGAUCGCUUGAUUUGGUAGUCCGAAUCUGAUUACACGUUUAGGCUCAGCAACAAACUAACAUUUAUGAAGUCGGACUGAAGAUUCGUAGCAUUCGAUUAAGGACUUUGAUCUGAAGAUUUUUUUUUAUUCCUUCAAUCAAUCACUGCGAAUUUAUAGUGCUCGAGAAACACGGAGUGUGAUCUAAGCGUUUUGUACCUGUUGUAGUCCCUGUUUACAAAUGUAAAAUGGCUUUUGUAAAAAAAAGAGACAGGAAGAUACAUUGUGAUCAAAAAGCGUAAGUUUCGAUAAUGUUAACGUUGCGAAUCUCAUAACCGACAUUUGUAAAUUAGUGAGUAUUUAGGUAAAGACACGCGAAUUAUGAUGUACGACGAAUGUUUUGCAUCACGUGCGAUGUUUGACAGAGGUAGGCACUAAAACAGCUGUUGAAUCGUGAAUUCUUUAAUUUUUGCGCAAUUCAAGACUACUGAACCAAGUGAUCGCCGAUGAAUUCUGUCCUUGUUCGUUCGAGAUAAUUCCGUAGACAUUCCGUGUACAUUUCCGAUCUUUCUUCGAGUCGCACAAACGUUCAGAACCACGUCGCGGAUCAGUUAUGCGCGCACCUAUCGUUUGUCGUCUCGAACGGAGGAUUCGCUGUUAUUACUUUUCACCGCAAAUUCUGGACAUUCUCCAAUUGGAAUGUCCUCGUCAUGAAGACCGACUGCAAGGGCGAACAAGGAUAAGAGAAAUUAACAGGGUGUCCAGGGAGAAAACGAAUACAGGGAUCAUCGAGAAUUAUUUGGAUCGUACUCAUUUUUCAUCGUCACAUCGCGAUUUUGUUUCGAUGUUUCUGUUUUACUCUCUCGAUUAAGCCAUUCUCGCAUUCUUCGGCUCGAGCAAACCGUCAAGCUGUUUCAACAUUAAUCGAUCGCGCUUCCGCGCCUUUAACGUAAUUUUUUUUCUUUUUUUUUUAAUAACUUGACAAAGACGGAAUGCCGAGGGAACGAGGCGAAUCGGAACACUCGUAAAAAUUUGAAAUCUUUUUCUCUAGAAAGGGGGGGGGGAAGAUAUUAAUUUGAGAAGGGAAAGCGGUGCACGAAAGGAAGCAUUGCACCAUUGAGACGGCAUCACAAGGUAUCUGUCCAUUAGUAUUUCUAUCGCAUAGGCAUGUGUUGAUCCCUAACUAACAUUACUGUCAUUAUCAUUAUUAUUACUAUUAUUAAUUAGUUAUUGAUAUUUAGUUACUAUUAUUAUUAUUACAUUAUUAUUCUUAUUAAUUAGUUAUUAUGUCGUUAUUAUAUCGUAUUAACGCGUUUGACGCGAAAAUCGAGGAGAGUCUACGCACCACCUUGCCAGCUAGCCAUCACUACCACUUCGCCGCUCUCAUUGUCAGUAAUCGGCGGUGAGGCGCGCGCACACAAGACAAAAGAUUGAAUUCCAUUCCUACGCAUUACUCCCAAAGUAAGAACCCACGAGAUGUACGUACAUGCGUGUGUGUAUGUGUGUAUAUGUUACUACUGUGCCUGCGUGUGUUUUAUAUAGGCGUGCGCGCUCGCAUUGCUCGCGUUAUCACCAGAGAAUAUGAGACGCUCCGCGAUGCGCGCGAGAUGAGAACGAAAUACCGUUUCGACACUGUCACUUUUCUUCUCACUAUCAGCCACUUUUCUUCCUCUUUUUGUACUGGUUUGUUAUGUUAUUAUUAUUAAUAUUAUUAUAAUAUUAUUGUAUUAUUAUUUUUAGAUGAUACAACCGAUUGUUCUUAAUUUAAUUGUAAAUCGUAUUUUUGUUUGUUUUUUAGUUAUUUUUUGUUGUAAAAUGCUUUUUAAUAAUAUUUUCAGUUCACAUUACGAAUGAGCAUUGGUUUUAUUUUUAUUUUCUACGUCUCUUGCCUGCUAUUCCCCGACAACCGGCGGCCCGGUUCGGAAAAUCAAUAUUCCCCUUUUGAGGAAAGUCCAUUUUGAAGCAUCGAAUGGAAAUGCAACUCUUAAGAAAAGUCCACUGUUAAGUAGAAGUGUAAUUAUCGAUGUGAAAUUUGCACUUUUACCAUUUCCAUUUCUUGUUAAAAUAACUGUUCAUAUUCACCUAAAUUAAACAUUCUUCGUAUCGUAAUGUGAAAUUCAGUCUUUGUUAUUCGUUAUAUGAAUAAUAAAGAUGGAAUAAUAUUUUUGAAGCAUAGAUACAAUGAUCGAAAUAAUGCAAAUUUAAAUAUCCAUUAUUGUAAUAAUUUCAUGAUUUAAUUUACUCUUUUUUUUUUCAUCAAAAUGGUAUAAAUUCGAACUGACAUUUUUCGAACCGGUCCGUCGAUAUCUUUUUAUCUAAAUUUUUAUUUACGAUUAUUUAUUUAUUUAUUUCUUGUAGACGUAUUAUAUGCGCUUUAACGCAGGUAUAAUCGACGAGAGAACCUACCCUCAACGAAGCUUCCUCGCCGAUGGUGAUCAGUACAUUCCACUAUAACGUGUGCGUUACACAGCACUAUGUUCCUGUUUGAUUAUAGAUGAUGCAGUAUAGUCUCUACAGAUCUCUUAGCGUAGCUAGUUGUUUGUUGUCCACCAACACACGGUGUCCUCGUUACGUGAUGUAACCGCUGAGAUUUCCCUUAGCAAUUUGAAAUUAUUACGCGAGGUAAGAAACUGUCAAAGUACAAUAAAAAUUUUAUCUUUUUUAUUCAAAUUGGUUAUUUAGACUAUUUUAUGUACUAUUUCUUAAUUUGUGUUAAUUGUUUGUAAACAAUUAUUAAUAUUUUACAGUCAUUUCUGUGAAUUGGCCUCGAAGAAAGUAAUUGCCUGUUGUUCUUUUUUUCUAAUAUUUUUUUUAUUUAAAAAUCAUUAAGAAAGACAAUUCUACCCAAGUGCUAAGCAGAAGUGAUGUUGACGAGUAAAAAAGGAAUAAGCAUCUUGAGGACACUGUCUGUAACGAACACCUUGUCGAUCGAUACAGUCACGUCAAGGAAUGACCGAGUCAAUUGCUCGGGUCAUCUCUCGAGUUAUUGAAUUUUAUUUUAACCUGUUUUCCGGCACACAUAUUCUUCUUGAUAACUUGAGUGCAAAAUUGUAACGUGAGAUAAAGAACUUGGUCAAUUCUUGAUCCUAUCCGCAAGUAUCGAGUGUCCCCGCUUUUUCCAACAGUUUUCCUUCCGCGCGACGAUCUCUCGUAACGGACGAUAAAGAAACAAGAAUGGAGAAGAACGCGAGAUGAAACGCGAAACGCGAGGUCUCGCGACCGAACGACACGGAAUUUUCGCGAACGGAUGCAGGGCCCCUCGGCGGCACUCGGCGCGUCGUCGUGAUCGCCGGUGAAUUAAUAAUAAUGAGAAAAAAAAGAGAGACGAGUUUUUAGAAAUCUAUAGCGGAUUAUAUAGAUGUCACAUAAUAUAUUUUUGUACGUUCGCAACGCGCGUUAAUUGUGUGCCGAUCGCGCCGAGCGCCGCCGACGAAAUGCAUGCAGAACACCUGUUCCCUUUCAGUCGGAAACCUCGAGGAGGGAUAACUCGUCCUAAAUCGCUCGCCGCAAUUUUUGCGGCAGCGUGAAAUCGCGGAUGCAUCCGUGUUGCGAGUAAUUUGAUCUCGGUCGAGGAUCAGAGGAAACUUUCCCUCCCCCCCACCCCGUGUGUGAGAAGAGGAGAAGAGACGAGAUCGAGAGCUUAACGACAAACAAACAAAAAAAUGAUACCCGUGCAUUUCGAAAGGAGGGGGGAUUUUUUUUAACUAUAUACACGACGCCACACACUUGAGACACAAAAGCAAAGACAGCGGCGCGCGGCGACUCUGUGUAACUUUUGCGAGAAAGGAAGAGAGCGAGAGAGUGAGAGAGAGAGAGAGAGAGAGAGAAAAAGAAGAAGAAAAAUUACAUUCUUCCCGGGCCCAAGUAAUGUUACUUAAUGAGUAAACAAAAAAGAGCAACUGUGAAAGUGAGAUAACGAGAGAGAAAGAGUGAGAGAGAGAGAGAGAGAGAGAGAGAGAGAAAGAAAGAAAAACACUUUGGGGAGAAACGGUACGAGAGGGGGAGAGAAAGAGAGAUUGAAUGAUUGAUCGCUAUUUUUAACUCGAGAAAAAUACCACUCCAAGUAUUGUUGCAUGCCUAGUUAUAUAUUGUACUUGCUGCCGAGCUGCAGUCUCUCUGACACCACACGAUGGAUAUUACGAUGCUGUAAACGAAUCCCGUAAAGGAUCGGCGUGUCACAACGUCGGCUCGGUGGUGGCACCGAAUCGACCGGCUCCGGUCGAUCGUACUCUUUCGUCCUCUGCACGGCUAAGUUAUUCUAAUUUAGCGAGGCCGCCGGAUCGCUGACCGGAGUCGAUCGAGAUUGCGACCGAGUGGGCCCCGGGUGACGCGCGCGAUCGCGAAUUUCCUAGUCCGUAAGCGAUAUACGCGAAUUAAUUAUUAUCGUACGCAUAUAUCACUAGCAUGAUUAAACGUGGUGUAUACGUAUCCGCGCGCGACGUGCGCCAAUCGACGACGGUACGGAUUACAAGGAGGUCCACGAAUCGAGAAUGAUCGUACGGUAUUAAUAACGAAGUUUCGAAUUUCUUCGAGAAAUCCGAGAGGAAAUUCACGAGACCGUUAAGACUAUCGAUAAAUUCAGCUCGAGAAACUCGGUCACGUGUUCGGUGCUCGAGUCUCUCGGCGCGAUCCCAUUGCUCUGGACCAUGCAAUUCUGGAAAGCACGAGUCGAAGAGAAAGAUCGUGGCGAACGUAUCCUUGAAAAAUUCGUUUCUCAACAUUUUCCCCCGAUGAAAGAAAAUCGUCGAAUAAAAAGGAGCCUGCCUGCCGCCGGACCGUCCCCUAUAAAAUCAAUUUAAAUCUUGGUUUUGCAAUCAAAAUGGCGGUCUGGAAAUGGACGGAGUAGCGAAGUAUGCAAGCGCGGAAAAUGACGUGAAUUACUCCGUAAUGCGUGUUACGGGUAUGAAGAAAAGGAGUGCGAUGAGGAAGAGGAAAAAAAAGGGGGAAGUUGAUGCGUACGUUCGAAGUACAAAGAUGGCGAAAGGUUCUUUAUUAUUAUAGCCUGACCGACGAACAAAUUAUCGAGCCGGUCGCGUCGUUCUCCCCUGGAAUUUAAGUAGAUCUUAAGACGUUACUCGAUGUUGAAUGGCCAGUUAUCGUUAAUCGUUGAACCGCCCUUGCUGCUUACCUACCUUGGGAAAAGUUUUUAAUGGAUCGUCCGUGUGUUGAAGCGUGAAGGUGAAACGAUGCGACCGGCGUUCCGCGUUUUCAUCAGAGAAUAUAUCUCCUCACGUCUUUUUUCUCCUUGGAGAAUCGCUGCCGAUCUACCGACACGCCAUUCGAGUCUCUUCGCGCCUCACCCCGAGUUAGUUUUAUAUGUAAGAUUCUUCGUGUAUAAUCUACACGACGAUCGCCGAGCCCUUCGUUCUUUGCGUACUUGUAAAACGUACUCAUUCACAAUUUAAUUUUACCGUUUCGUAAUACGAGGCGAUUUGGAAUCGAGAGGUUGCUGCUCCUUUAGUUCCCGUCGGACUACCACGAGAGACAAAAUUAUUCGUGUCGAAUAAUAGUGUAUUAUACCUAUAUCGAGUCUUUCAUAAACACAUUCCAAUUUGUCACGCUUCGCGGUGUCUCCAGAGUUGCGUGUUCCAUAAUGAAAUGGUAAAAUAACACGAUUGCGGCUGCAGAAUCAAUUUCCAGCCCUCGUUUCGACCCUCGACGACGAAAGCGAAAAGGAACACUUGAAUUUCGACGAACUUUAGGGCGUACUGCCCGACGACGAAGAGGAUGUAAUCGGAAAGUAUCGUAUAAUCGUAAGGGCGUCGUAACGCAAAUCUCGCGUGGACCACUUGUGCGAUUAAUUAAUACAUUCCAUUAAGAGGAGCUUAUCAGAAGGGGCGCGCGGCCCGCGAAACGUAUUGUACGUUUCCUUUCCCCAACGAAUCGCCACUUUUUUUGCGGGGAAAGGAAGGAAGGUGGACGGGAGACGGGUGUGGAGUUGAGAACGAUCGAGCUGUAAUCGAUCAGCUGACAGCCGUUGAUUGGGCACAGCACGUGGUACGGUAUGUGUUGUAAUUUAAGAUACGUUUUUCUAGACUUAGCUCUCGCGUGUUUUUAAGGUUUAACUGUAGCGAACGAAAAUAAGAGAGAAGAGAGGGUGUACAUGCAUGGGCGAGGUAGUAAGGUUUUGCUAUGUGGUGUAUAGAUAAGAAGCCUCCGGUAUUCCAGAAUGUCUGUCAUGUAAUCGUGAAUCGUUCACUCUCUUUUAAUUUUUACCUUCGAGCGAGAGAAGGAGGGAGAAGGAGCGCCGAGCGUCUCCUCUUGAAACGACUUGAAGGGAUUAAAUACUGAAAGUAAGAUAGAGUAACGCAUUAUAAGCGAAAAGGACGAAGGAGGAAGAGGGACAGGGAGGUAGAUGUUGGAAGGCAGGAGAGACGGGAGAGCAGAACUUAUAUGUAUAUUACGUGUAUGGAUAUAUUAAUUAAGUCGAGUGUGUUUUAUUCGUCGGCCAUUUUUCCGGUGCCGCCCGCCAUCUUGUUAUUACUAUUGUAAGUCGUAUGACAAGAAACUUAUACGAUUGAAUGUCUAGUCAUGGCCUCUCGAUAACCUUUGCUACUUUGCAUCGCGUGUAAAGCAAGUUAAACACUCAGCGUAUGUAAUAAUUAACACUAUUAGCCGAUAAGGUAACACGUACACGCACGUAUAUAUAUAAAUAUAUACGUACGACAUGGAGACACGCGCAUGACACACACGUACACUCGAGGAAGGACACGUGCGCGGAGCACAGGGAUAAUUGCUACUAUUAUCACUAUUAUUACUAUUAUUAUUAUAUUAUUAUUAUUACUAUUAUUAUUCUAUUAUUAUUGCUAUUAUUAUAUUACUAUUAGAAAAGGGAUUUAAUAAGGCUCUUUUUCCUACAUUUUCGUGCUCGUCGUCGUAAUGUCAGUCACAUUAUUAUUAUCAUUCAUUACUAUUGGCAUACGACAAUUAUUAUCCCCGCCAUCGAAUCUGUUGCCAAACACGCGCGCGUUCGUCAUUUAUUAUAUCGGAUCAUUACGACACCAUUCGCCAUUUAUUAUUGUCCUUGUGGAAUUUAUAUGUCUUUGCCUCUGUUCGUUAUUGCGGUUUAUCGAAUUUUGAGUAUAUUAUUUAUAAUCGCCGACAUUUUUUAUCAUUGUCUUUGCGCAAGCAUCGCGGCCAACAACUCUAGUCGCCAAUUAUUAAUCUCCGCGAUGCGAUUUUACUAUUGCAAUCGCAAAUUAUUAUAUUAAUCGAUUAUUAUUAUUAUUAUUUAUUAUUACCAUUACCAUUAUUAUUAUUAUUACUCUAAUAUUAUUUUUCCUAUUAUAAUUAUUAUUAUUGUCAUUAUUAUCGAUAAAUUAUUGCCCAACCUAACAUUACGCAUCAUUAUAUUCCAUAUAAAUCCUAUUCAUAUCUCUAUAUUCGCUAAUCGAGCAUAGUACAGACACAUAAUAUACGCAUGAUACAUUACAUUAAAAAUAUAUAUGACGUAUACAUGCAUAUAUAUUUAAAUUAACUAUUAUUAUUAUUACUUAGAUUGUGGUAGGAUUUUAUUAAGGAAGUUAGCACGAGCAAACAGGGAGAGAAAGACAGGGGAAAGGGAAGCAGGGAGCGGAGGAAACGUUAUUUGACAAGUUGAACAAAAAAAAAAGAAAGCAAGAGAAAUAAGAAAAGUAAAUAGUUAGACCGCGCCCGUCGCAAUGCGCGUGUCUGGUUGAGAGUAUAUAUGUAUUUUUUUAAAUUUUGAAAUUAACAAAGAACACAAAAAAUUGUGUGUGCGUGAGUGUGAGAGGGAGGCGCGAUGAAUAAAUAAAUCUGGGAACAGUACUACUUGUAGGUUAUUAAUUAACGACUAUUUAGCCGUGCGACGUCACGGUGACACUCGCGUUGAUAACGCGCCGUUGAUAACGACGAGGCGAUGGGAGAACGUACAGACGAGAGAUACGAAAGGAAAGUGAAAGGGGACAAUGAGGCACGGGGAGAUUGAGGGAGGAGAAUAAUUAAGCUGAGAUUCGGAGGAGAGAGGGCUUGGAUGUUUCUCUUUUCGUUUAGACGAUAACACAUUUAGCUCGUUAUCGACGUAAUUGUAUGUCCGCGAAUUAUCGAGUAACACGUUUCCGCGUGAUCUCGCGACUCUUCUCUCUCGUCUAUAAGGGACGGGCUACGUACGUACGCGGCACUUGGGCUUUUCUCUCGCCAACGAUCCCGGAUUACGGUAAUCAUCAGCUCGUAACGCUCUUCCGGCGAACGAGAAACGCGGAACCAGAUCGAACAAACGGACGAACGAGCCAACUUUCGGAUCGCGCGCACGAUAAAAUGCAACAAUAACGGCUGGAGAUUUGCGCAAAAGAAAAAUCCGCGGCACUCGACACCCCGCGUGUCUCAAUUCUUGUACUCUCAGAGCCAGAUGCCAUGGGCAUGUGUCCAGCCAUUUCUGUCACAAUAUUUUUUUAGACCGAAAGUCUUGUCUAUUAUAAAUUUUUACGAAUAUUGAAAGAGAACUAAGAAGUUUUUAAAUAGAUACUGUAACUGUACAAUAGUAUAAAAAAAAAAAAUCAGUAAAUUUCUAGGUCAGCUUCCCCUCUGGAGUAAGCACACCUCUCUUGGCUGUUCUGGUAGUACAAUAAUUAAAAAAAAAAAAGAAGAAAAACAGCGUACAGAAUUAGGGAGGAAUAUUGAAAGAUUUUCUUUAACACGUGCACAUAGGCAUACACACUGCAAUCGUAGUCUUUUUCAAAGCGUUUAUUUGUGCGAUGAGACACGGGAGAGUUGAUAGAAAUGGUAUACGGAGGAUUCAAGUCACUUCUAUUACAAGAAACGGAAGAGGGAAGAAAAAAAAAUUACUUUUCUAAUGUUAUCGCUUGUUAUACGUAGUAAUCUAAAUGUGACGUAAUACUUGAAAUAUCACAAACAGGAUAUCAUUAGAUAUAUCAGCAAAUGUGUAAAUUUUUGCUCUAAAACUAACGUCCCUUCGUUCUAUCCACUCUCCUCUUUACGCGAAGUAAUCGACAACGCGAAUUUGAAAGAGACGACGUUUUGCUGGUGGAAAUUCUAUAACUCCCGAAAGCUUGUUGCCUUCCAAUGGUGAAAGCGUUUCUUAUAUUUUACUAAAAGAUAAUCUUAGUAUUCUAUCCAAGGCACAGAAGAAAUAUGCAAUUUUUCAAACACUUUGCAUGAUUUUUCCGUCAUGUUAAAGAUAUUAGAAGAGAAAGCGAAGAUUUUGAGGAUCAAAUAAAAUAUUACAUUCCUUCUUGUAAAAAUAUUCAGAACGUAUUGAUGAUUCUUCAUCAACGCUUUUCAGAAUGUCAAUGUCUAUCGCUGGAUGGAGCGCAUCGAGUCGCGAGAAAACGAAUUUGAGUGAGAAAAGAAUGGGAGGAGGGAGUUGAGUCGUUUUCACAGAGCGGAAAAGAGGUAUAAACUAUAAGUAUCUUCACAUGUCAAUUACUCUAGGGAACAUCAAAGCCACGGGUGAAACGUAACCUUUGCGAACCAUCAAAGGAACUUUUUAUCCCGCGAAAAUCUUUUUUCUACCAUCCUAACGUAUGUACUUUAUAACGCGUAUUCGGUUAUCGACCGAUUCGUCCACCGCUUCCGCUUCUUCUUGGCACACCGUUCAAUUUCGAUGCCCGCCGAUGCGAGAGGAAUAAAAAAAAAAAAAAAGAAAGAAAAAAACGCAUGAACAAAAGAAGAGCGGAACCACAUUGACCACGCAAAAGGCAUCAUUCGCAGCUUGGCAUCCGCAAUUCGUUUCACACGAAAUGAAAAAAAAAAAAAAAAAAAAAUCUGAAAGAGAGGGAGAUAGAGAAACUCGAACAGGUUUCGGACGGGACGCCCGAUUCUUUCUCGAAAAUUAUGGCAACGGGACCGAAGUUUGUUUUAAAGGUACCGUUAUGACAUACCCUUUUGUAUGAAAUAAAAGGAAGAAAAAAAAAGAAUAGAAAAUGAGGAAGCGCGAAGUAUCGCUGGCUUGAUCGGUGAACGAUCGAUGAACGAGCGCUGAGUUGACAUAUACCGACGAUCGUUGAACGAGAAUAUCAGAGUUGGUCUUUGGAAAUUUUAUUUUUGCAAGGCAAACCGAUAACGUAGAUCCGCCAUAUAGAAUAUAGCGACUGUCGAGAGAAAGAUGAGAAUUUAAUAAGAUGCGUAUUACGCGUAUUGUUGUACCAAUGCGAAAGAAUAAAACGUUCCCUCCGAGCUGAUCGACAGACAGAAAGAGAAAAGAAAAACGGAAGCUAUACAGGACAGAGAAGAAGCAAGAGACGAUCAAGUUUUUCACAACAACACGCGCGACUUUUAUACGAAUUAAUUCUUUCGAGGCACUUUUUUACCACUCAACAUUGACUAAAGGCAUAUCUUUCAUUACUACACAUGUGAAAACGUUCUCCCUUAUUAAAUCGUUAUUAUUUAACAAAUUGAAGGCAGAAAGGAGAAAAUAAGUUCACAUAUCGAAAAGUUAAUAAUCUUUAAUGUUACUUUCCGAAAUGGUGCUCUCGCUGUACUUUUCUAUACAUAAGAACCUUUGUAGAAUUCAAUUCCACGAGAGAGAAACUUGUUUUCGGACACAAAUGCUUUGUAGUCUCGAAAGGCUGAAAAAUCUUUGCAGCCGUGAUCGCAGCGAGAAACAGCGAAUAUUCAAUCAGAAAACUUGUAUCGACUUUUUCAACCCGAAAUUUUUCAACCGAACGAUCGAAUCGAACCGGAACUGACGCGCGAGGGAAUUCAUUCAACAAGUCUGAUUGUUAUAGGUGUUUUAAAGUUGAACAAACGGAGGUUUACAAUCAUUACAAUUACGUUGUUGAAGCACGAACAUUAUUAUCGACUAAUUCCAUUUCGAUAAUCAUAUGUAGAUUUGUUAGAAUUAGGGAUUAGUUAUAUUUUUAACGACGUAGAGACCAGACUGUACGAUUGUUUGGAGCAUUGGAACAACGCGUAAGAAUUUUUUAUAGAGGAUGCGAUAUCGAUCGUUGACGCAAGAAUGGAUGUUUUUUUAUUGUUAUCUAGGGGGAAAGCCUCGAGCACGUGUGAUUCUGUUUUCGAUUGGGGAAGCGUUUUGAUAGAUAAAACAGUGAUUAAUUUACGGACAAUCUUGUUUCUAAGUAUUAACGCGGUAAUAAUACAACAGUAUCGAGAUUUUCGUGUACCGAGAUCUAUUCUGCCGAUUACAGUGCACAUUCAGCAAAGAUAAUAAAUUAACGUAUCGCGUACGAAUGUGUAAGACAAAAAGAUAAAUCUCACAUCGAAUUGUUGAUAAAAUUUAGAUCGAGGUUUUGCUUGCUCGUGAUAUUCUCUUUCACGUCCCGUACUUAAUAAACAAUCUUAUACGCGCGAUAAACUCAUAGGAUUUCUACUCCAAGUGCUCAAGAAAGAAUCGUUUCGCUCGAAUCUGAGAAAAUUCGCGGAACGUAUCUCUCUAACAAGAAUGAAUCUUCCAUUUUACCAGAGAAAGUCAAAAGUGGAAAAAAAAGUGAUCCCAACACGAAUUUAACACUCUACAAGUCGAAUCGCAUUCCGACGAGAUUUUUUGUAAUUAUUUCGGUCGAUUUUUUUUCACUAACGAAGUGUGCACAAAUUUUCGUCACGAUCAAUUCCCUUAUAGAACUAGUAUUUCGUGAUUCAUAGAGACGCUACAGCCGAGCUACUUGAUUUAUCGUUCAGUUUUCUCGUUGCUCGACCAGGCAUGAUCUGGAUCCGGCCUACAAUAUCGAUAUCGAUCUUGAGCUCCGUCUCUACGCGAUGCGGUGGCACGGCUUUAUUAAUCUUCGGUGUUGAAUAUUUAUUCGAUGUUCAUUGAAUCCAGUGGCGUGGAGACGGAUCUUAAGCAGAUUGAUAGAGGAUAUCUCGCUCGCUCAAACGAACUGAAUUCCUGAGAAUGUAAUUCUCCAGGUACCGAGAGUUGGAUCGUUAAAAGAGAUGCGACUUUAAAGGGGUGCACGCGCAGCGAAAAUAAGGAGAAAGGAAAGGGAAAAGGGAAGAGAGGGAAAGAAAGAUUUUUAGAGUAUUAUUUUGUCACGGUAGUGUUUAUCAUAUUUAUAGGUAUAUACAUACAUUAGGAAGCCAAUGUAUCGAUUAAUGGUUAACAAUGUACGCGCAUAUUUAACGAACAUAUACGUAUAGCUAUUUUAGAAAACGCACUAUGUGACUAAUUAUCGAACUAUAUGAUAUUAACAAUUUAUCGAAUAUGUUAUAUAACAUGUUUGUACGUAAUUUUUAAUUAUUGAUUAACUGCGUUUUGCUCAUGUUGCGGGGAGGGGAGGGAUUUUCACCGUGUGAAACAUUCGAGUUAUCGCAUUCGCAGAUUCGUAUGGGACGAUGUGUGGGAAGUCGCACGUGUUCUGAUAACUUUGUAAGCGUUUGAUUGUGCUACUUUUCAGUGGCCUCUUCUGUCAUCGGUUGUUCUCGAAAGACAUUCACGGUAAUCAAUCUGGCACUUGGCAGAGCUGAUAAUCAGGCAAAAGAAAGAAAAAAAAAAAGAAAAAUACGUGAAAAUCAUUUUGAACGAUACUUUUGUUUCGAAACUGAGAGGAAAAAUCCGUUAUUAGGAUAUGCCGAAAAUUAUGGAACGACACAUUUUCUCAUAGGAACGACUACAAGUAAUUUUUAGAAUCCACAGAAGUGUGCGACGACGAGUAGCAUGAAUGAAGUCUACAAAGAGACAUUGUUAACAGCCUAAGAAGAAAGUGAAGUUAAUCUACUGCGAACGGUUAUCACGUACGACCGUUACGACUAUUUGUACAAUUAUGAUCAUUAGCACGAUCGCUACUACAUUAUUCAUCGCUACAUUAUUAUUACGACAGUUACUAUUAUGACGCAUAAUAAUAUUACUAUAAUGCAUAUGUACGCGAUCGCCGUUAGUUAUCGAUCUUGAUGUCCUUUGAUCCCGGUCGAACGCCCGAUCGAUGCACCUCGAUCGUCCGCUCGAUCGUUCGAUUAUAACAUCACGUAGAAACGACUAAUCGGACUUUAGAGACUCUUAUCGGCGAAGGCUUCAUGUAAAUAUGUACCGUGUAUAUGUGAGACGUUACCAUCGCAUACCACAGGACCGUCAUUUGUACGUUGUGCUAAUUCCCCAUUUUAUCUACGCAAGUAUCUUACUCCGCUACCUAUUUAAAAGUAUAUCGCAGCGCGCUUGCCAGGGUGUUAAUGUAUAGUGCUUUGCUAACUAACCCUCCGCGAGCGAGAACAUACGGAAGAAUAACGAUAAACUGUAACUGAACACCAAUACCCCGUAACAAUAUCAAUCCGAACCCCCCACCCCCAUCCCCUUCUAACCGCGUUAGAAUUACCUUCCCCACCCCUCGCCCGCCCCUUUCUAUACGCCCCACUUAUUGAAUUAGUCCUCGUGACUAUAGUGUGGCUUUAAUUGUGACCUGUGUUUGUUACGCAAUCGAGCGACAUUCCGUCAAUCGGGUUUCGCAUGAACGUCGAAAGGGAGAAGGAGACACCGCGUUUUCCGCAAAAUCCUGAUGAUAUCGUUUUAUUCGAUUUGUGGCAAAUAUAUUAACUUUACAUUUCGCGUUACGCUCGAAUCGAAGCGUUUCGAGUAUGAACGAUUAACUGUAACGAUCACACGGCCGGUGAAUAAUUAAAGAAUAAUCCGCUCUAUUUUGUUGCGCGCGUCAAAAAGCACUGCGCAUUACUACUUUGCAUCGUAACAAUAAUCCGCUGUUGCUUUCGCGAAACGGACAAACUAAAUUAUCAUUAACAACUGAUGAAUAUCAAUUGUCACACAUUUAAAACCGUAACGGAUAUGAAUUACAUAAUUUUCAUAAAAGAGGGAACCGAUGCCGAUUUCGAUUUUUAAUUCACGUAACGCGAUAACUAAAACAGUCUCGAAUGAAGAUUUGAUUUGAUUCGAUUUCCGGGAAAAACCUUUUAUCUGAUUUAUACCUAAAAUAUUUUCAAAAGCAGCAUCGCAUUGUACGUACAUGAGAGAUAAUACCUUUAUGAGCUUAAACAUUGCUGAGAGUAAAGCGUUUUGCUCGCACAUUGUCCAUUCAGCGUAAUGCAUUAAUCUCUUCUUGAGACAAUGGUCUUUUACUAAAAUUCGCAGAUAAGAGAUUUUUAUUAAUGGGUUUGUUAUGCAAUAUCUCGCUUCUCCAAACGUCAGCCGUUGAACUAUUUUUUUAAUAAAUAAUUUUACGGUUAUCUCAUUUUACCAGAAUUCCGCCGUUCAUUAUGCUAGAUGUGCCGCGCCGCUUUAUCGCAGUAAUGUCAAUAGAUCGAUACCAGCAAUCGGCGCAAAGCAUAUUCCGCGUGUUUAUAUUGGGCGUUCGAUAGCGUGCAUAUGUUGUCUUCAAUUUCCGCAAAUCCCCAAAAUCCGUAAUAUUGCAAUUAAUGUGUAACAUGCGACUAUACGUAAUACGUAGCCUCUCCAACUAACUAACCCCCUAAUCUAAUGUGGACCGUGAAUGGUUCAUUCACGAGGCUUCGCGAAAUAAUAUCCGCAAUUUUACGCGUAUUUACCUUACGCAAUUACCAAAUUAUGCGUGUACGUGCAAUGUGCCCAGCUGCUAGCGCGAAAUCGCGUUCAUCAGAACAUGCGUCAAUCGAGUUUUUUUUUCAUUUUCCGAAAUUUUACAGUCAUUGGAAGAAGAGUAACGCUCGCAUGCAAUAAUUCGUGCUCUCUGUUAUAUUAACAUACACGAAAGAAUGAGAGAGAGAGAGAGAGAGAGAGAGAGAGAGAGAGAGAGCGUAAUAGAGUUAAAUCUCUCGCGAUGCAGCGCGAGAGAGGUCCCUUUUUGCAGAAAGUCAUAAAUCCCGAUACGAUAUUUCGCGAUGAGUUGAAAGUUUCAGUCAUGCACGGCCCAAGCACAAAACUCGGCAACGGAAAACCAUGGAAGAGAUUCUUCUAGAAAUAUAUUUCUCGAAAUAUAUUCCUUCCUCGCGCUGACGUUGGCUACAGGUGAUUGCCUCCGUAGCGUCGUAUUAUUUAUCGACAUCGAAACUUUUGAGAGACUGUUUUUUAAUCCGUCGUAAUGUUUGCACGUUAGACAAACGGCGAUGCCCAUUUGUUGCGAGUUAUCGCCGACGCCACGCGCCGUUACGAGUUGCUCCGUGUAGUAAUCGCCGUGUGAAUCGAAGGCGAACAUAUUUCGAUAUAUCUUAUCGAUACGCUGAUAGCCGCGCUGUUCAAUGGAAGAGUGUAUUAUUGAAACCGCGAUGUGAUGCAACGCGUUGCCGCGGGCUGUCACGAGUAACACGGAAAACGCGCCAUUUGUUGCUGAAAUGUUUAUUGCCCCUUAUUAAGCGACGAUUAUCGCGGCGCGAUUGUAGGAGCCGGCCCUUGUAAAAAUUCGUUGACCGUUCCCCCGACUAGAAUAUUUUUCUGCACACAAGAUAUUUUUUUACCGGGAGAAUGUGAGAGCUCUACGGAUUAACGCCAUAACGCGAGUGCUGAUUAAUCGAGUUAAUGUUGCGUGAUCCGCCAUUUUACAAAUAUAGUUAUUUUGGACGUUGUUCGAGCCACGCAUAUAUAUUCGUCGUUUCUCGUUUUUUAAUCUCGACCACGCACAAUAAACAUCAAACCGCGCACCCGUUAGAGAUAACUUUGUCUUACACGGAGAAAGAGAACGGGACGCCGACGCGACUCUAAUCGAUAUCAAAACAAGUUGCACCUCGCCGGUAUCCAAAUUGGAACGAAUUAAUGCUGAUGUUAAAUAAUAAUGCAAUUCCUGUAGUUACGGAAAGUGCGAAGUUAUCUCCGCUGGAGCACAAUCCAAUAUUAUUUCGCUCUAGUUUGGGGUUGGGGGGAGGGGGAGGGGAUGUAGACUCGUGCAAGACUUCGCGAUUCGUCGAGAAGCCUACAUGCAACUUGCAAUCGGGAUCUAAAUGUCACUCGAGAAAAUGCGGCGCUCCGCAUUUUCUUCGCCGUGUUUUAGCGCUGAAUGCGGCUUCUAAGCCUUUCAUUUGUUUCGCUACUGUAAAACUUCGCGUUCAAAAUUCAGACGAACGAGGCAGAGACGCUUUAACUGUGAGAUGAGAAUUUGUAAAUGCAAUAUUACGACACGGAUCUCAAAAGGGAGAUUUUUUUUCCGAACUAUCAAAAAGUGAAAUAUUCGCAGGCGAGUCUCAAGCCACGAAACUUCUCGGCGAACUCUCGUUUUCUCAAGCUUAGUUAGUAAAACGUUUAACGGAAAUUAACAAGCGAAUAAGUGAGUAAAUGAUAAUGAACAAAAUUAACAAGUUCGCGAACUUGGGAUCCGUCGGUAAAUCUAAAAGUGCAUCUUUUACGCAGGAAGAAUCGAACGGCCGAGUGCGUUUAGCGCUAAAAGGCGUGCCGAGAACGCGGUCUGUUAUCUCGUAAUAACGCGAUCGAAUCGAUAACUGUUUUCCUCCGGCGACGUUACGAUCGCCGCGUAUACCUUCGUAGGAUUUAGGCCAGUCGUGUUGUAAAGAAAAAAAAAAAAAAGCGCUGGUAGUAAGCCACGUAGUCGAGUGCUCCGCGCCAGGGAGCACCCGUUCGUAGGGAUCUCUUUAUUAAGUAAGGACUUUAAGGUAGCUAUUCGGUUUUUCUCUUCUUGUCGAUAGGUAUUAUAGGCGGGGUCCACCUCAGGGUCGACCGCAGUCACGCGUGUAGAUUAGCAAUAGUGAGUCGUAGCGUAGCGAUUAUUUCGACGCACCUAUUAUUAUAACCCUUCGCGCACGCGGAUAUGAGAGAGAGAGAGAGAGAGAGAGAGAGAGAGAGAGAGAGAGAAUGGGCCCUCUGGAUUCGAAGCGUGGCGGAAGUAUCGCGGAUACGUACCGUUCCCCGCAUACCCCUCUCGUUCGGUCGUGAGUCCCUCGCCAAAAGUGGUCUCCGAAGGACCAACGGAGAGAAAUAAGGGUCUCGUAUUUUUGUCUCGUUGAACGUUGGUCUUUUACCGAUACGCGGGCUGCUUCUUAAUGCUUCGUCAAAUAUUUCAGGGAUUUCCGAAAUCCAAACGCGAGGAUGAAAUAUUACCGUACGAACCGUUUUUAUCCUUUUUUAUUCGAUAAAUAACGUAUAUCUGAUGAGAUAUAAAUAUUUUAUUAAAUGUGAUACGGACACAUACCUGCACACAUACAUGUUAGAAAAUCGCUUUACAACGGUUCGUACGGGAGAAUAAUCGAAAGUAUACAUUGUUAGAAGGACAAUUAUGAUAACACGAGAAUAGGGAAAAAAAAACAAAAUUGACCCUGCAAUAAUGGCACGUGUUAAGAAACACCUUGUAGUGUCAUCAUUAUUAAACGUUUGAGAAAAUUUAUUUUUCUACUGCAUACAUCGCGCGUCACCGUGUCGCACAACAGCGAGCGUCUUCGUUUUGCGGAACGGAAGAUUGUUGAACACUAGAACACCCGGAGGUGGACAGUCUGUUCACCGACGAUUUCAUUUAAGAUUUUAACGGCAUAUCUCGGGGGAGAUUGUAAAAAAAAAAAGACGUAUGCUAGUCUCUCAGUGCUAGGUAUAUAUUUUCUUUGUCGAUGCAUUCGAAGGCACAAAUUGAGCAUCAUCCGUUCGAAACUCCGUGUGCAGAAACGUUCGCUUUCAUCCUCGAUCUUGAGGAAGAGCCUUCUUUCUCCUCUUCUUUUUGCAUAUGACGGAUUUUGAGGGAACGUCAUGUGUGCGUUCUGCAACGUGUAUAUAGACAGACAUGCAGUGUGCGGCGCGUAUACCAAGCCGCGAAGUUGUUGCUAUUACCUAUACAUUAUUCAGCGCUCGCGACUCGGUUUCCGAUUUGAUUGCGUACCGCGAGUUUCUGGAGGAGACCGGCCGUUGCGUUCGAUCGGCCGGACAUUCCGACGUUAGGCAAACGCAGACAGGAAUCCUGCUACUAGGGGCGCCGUGCGAGGGGCGAGGGGUGGGCGGUCAAAGGCAGGACUGAAAUUUCGCUGACUUUGGGCAAGGGGAAGAUUUGUGAAGAAGGAGAACACAGAGGAAGGGAGUAAUCGGACAUUUUUCUCUCCGACAUUUAGAUCGAGGACUCGCGACAACGCACACGUAUUUUACGCACACACGAAAACAGAGGGUGGGCGAAGGUGGGAAGGAUUAAUAACGUAAGCAGCACACAACACAGCGAAGGAAGGACGCGUACACGUACACGUAUCGAUUAUGCUAUUCGCGCACAACAUUCAACACGAUCACACUUUAUGAGCGUUUGUAUAAAGAAAUCGCCGUUAGCGUAACUAUUACCUUCGCAGGGACAUUGUGUAAAGAACAUUUCGCAUGCACAUUUUCACACGCACCACUCAUACUCUCCCCGCGGCAUUAGUAUCUCUUUUGCGUCGCUGCGCUCUUCGCUAUUAUAUCAUCGGAUGAAAAUAAAUCGACGGGAUGGGCGAAGGGGGGGGGGGGGUUAUUGACCAAGUCUCGAAGAAACGGUACGCUUCCUCGAAGAAAAUAGAUUCACCUCGCGAGAGCUACGUCGCGAGAAGACGUUACUUUUCUUAUAUUGUAUAAUUUUGCAUAUCCAAAAAUAUCCAUCGGAUAUUCAAACGAGGUGAUAUAUCUGCGGAAGUUACUACUGAUAUAAAGAAGAAAUGUCGCUUUGGGCGGAGCAAGGCAAGAGAGAGAGAGAGAGAGAAAAGAAAAAGAAAGAAUUUGAGCAAAUCGCCGUGAGGAAGGUCACACCUCUUGGGAGUCGCACCACCUUGCACAUCUUCUCAUCCAUCCUGUAAGACUGAACGAUUCUUUAUAUGUACUCGCGUGACUUUUGAAAGAGACGUGACAGGGGUACACGAUUCUCGUUUCUUAAAAAAAAAAAGAAAAAAAGGGAAAGAGAAAAAAAGAAAGGAAACGAGGGAAAAUUGUGCUUCGCGACGAUGCGCACGAGGCGAGCAGUUACACAGAGGAAUAUGCUACGCGUGAACGAGAAGGAGCGCUUGGACGAUAAAAAACGAUGAGAAUCUCUACAUUUUUUAAAUGCAGCACCACUUGAAUGUGUUUUUCGUCGCGUGGGGGAGAGCCGGCCCGAGAGUUUUGCCUUCGCGAGGAGAAUGAGUUUUUUUCUCUCGGAGGAACGUACGUUCAAAAGUUACUUGCGGAAAGUAAAACUCCUGAGGGUGAACGUUGCGCGAGAAAUGGACGGGAAAAAGGUGCGGAACGGAGAGUAGGGAUAUUAUAUCGAGGCGUAAUCGAUAAAAAAAGAUGAAAAAAAAGAAGAAAAAAAGACAUAAUAACGAUUGAUUCUAACUCUAUCUCUAUAUUCUUCUACCAAUUAUAUUUUUCUAAUUAUAUUUGUACGUUGACUCGUAAGCUAAUCGACCAAGCGAUGUUUCGUGCUUGUGGUAGAACGAGGACGAGGAGAUAAAACGCGACAAAAUUUAAAAAAGAGAGAGAGAAAAAAGAAAGAAGAAAAUGGAGGAAAUAUAUGGGAAACGGAAGAGGAAGAUAGAGACACGUUGUCCAGUUAAAAGGGAGAGCGGGAUGAAAGCAGCGAGGUUCGCGUUGCACUUCGUGACAACUACAAUAAAUUGCGUCGCUCGUUUUCGCGUAGACGAUUCGGUCUAUCUUUUUUAUUCUCGACUGUCGGCCCUUUAGUCUUACCGCUGUGAUCCACGAGAAUACAUCCGCGGGAUUUUGAAUCGGCGUAAUUUCGGUGUAAGUUUGAACUCUCCGCGGACCCUUUUGCAGAAGUGGCGAAAGCAAUCCCCUCUCAACGCUCGUUGGCACGCUCAUUGGAAACGACGAGGUGUCUUCUUCCCCCUGGCAAUGAUAUUUAAAGAAUUUGAACUCAUCGAAAUUAUACCGAUUGCAAUUCUCGGGCACGUACCACUUCUCGGGUCGCGUUCCAGGAAGAAUUCAAUAUCGCUCUCGCAACGCGAUCACGAUAUUCCGUUCGCGGGCAGAGCUGAGUUGCUUUGACGUCGAAGAUACAAGGACGAUCGGCUGGCCUCUUUGCGAAAUCUAUCGUCUGCACAAAUGAAAGGAGUAAAGGGAAAGAAAAUUACCGUUCGAAUAAAAUGAAGCUAAUUGCGUUUUGUCAAUCGAGAUUCGCUCUGAAAUCUCGAAGGGAGAUGAGGGGCUUCAUCGAAAACUUACAAAGACGACGUCUUUCUUUUUUUUCCUAGCUUUGCACCGUUCGUUCAUUAGCUCGAAUAAGCGGAAUGAUAUAGUGUAAACGCGUUGCGUUUAAAAUUCUCCCUUUAGGCCAGUCGGGCCGUAAUGUAUUCCCUUUUUCGUUCGCUCAGCUCUGUGCGCGGAAAAAUGCGGAUGUAUUUAAGAAUCCAAGACUACGUAUGCACAAAACCGUAUCGUCAGAUCGAAUUUAUUAGACCAAUUUCACACACAACACACAUACGCUCGUAUGCCGCGCCUGGUCCCCGACGACUAUUGAAAAAGAGAGAGGAAGAGAAAAUGGUGUACGUCUGCUCGAUCUGACUCGGUACGGGUAUCAGCUCCACCGAAAUAUUAUUACAAUAUCGCGAUCUCCCUAAAAAAAAGAAACGCUAUUCGGAUCUUUCGUGCGAUACGGCGAAGAAAUUCUUUCACUAAGACUAAAGCAAUCUAUUAGAAUUUAUUUUUAUACUGCAAAAAAGUCCUCGUUCGAUGCAAAAUAUGCAUAUUAUCGCAUUCGUACGCGAAUGUCAAGUGGAUCAUUAAGCUUUAUCAGGUUUUCCUACGGACCUUCCGCGUCAAAUGGUGUCAGUCCCGAUUGGGGACUUGACGAGACGGUGAAUUAAUAUUAACUAUCAAGCUGCUACAAUAAUGUUGUAAUAAACUUAAUAAAUUCUUACUAACAAUAUUAAUAGUGCGACCACGAUUUUCUGCCGAGCAGUAUUUACGGCAGAUUUACGGCGAUUGAACGAUCCCCGUGGCUUUCAUCGACGCGAUCAAGAUGAUGUUUGCUCUUAUUAAAUCAAAAGAUAAACAAGUCUCUCUCUACGAAUCCACAAAAGUUCGUAUUUUUGUGUAUAAUGGAGCGAGAUGGUGCACACCGACGCGUUCUCCACAGAGCCAUGGCACUUGUUACGACUAAUUUCGCACGAGACACACGUACGCGAUUCGCGAGGAGAAUGAGGGGGGAAGGGGGCAUCGAGAAUGAGGGAGGAAAGGGGGACGCAGUGGCUCGAGAUCGCGUGGAAAAAAAUAAAAGAGAGCGGAGAGAGAGCGACGUCGGGCCCGGGGCGCGGCACACACACACUCUCUCUCUCUCUCUCUUCGAGCGGGCGCACCAUAUACAAAAAGAAAAAGAAAAAAAAAACAUUAUUAAUCAAUGUGCAAAAUAAUAAACUCGAAGUUCAGUCUCGAACGGCGCGGACAAUUCUUUUAUAUCGCGUUUAUCCGGCGUUGUUAAGUCUUAGCGUUAAUGAUCGGCCAAAGGAAAUGCACACCAACGCGAUAUGGCGCGUACACGCGUGUAUAAAACACACGUAUACACGUACCACACGUAUACACACACAUGAAGAGUACGCGAUACAUACGCGCGAUAUUUCGACACAAGUCAGACACGACAUGUACGUAUACACACGAGUCUCCUCAUUUUCUCACCGCUCCUUCCGGGUGCAGAACAAUGAGAGCCGAAAGAAAGACACUAGUUUCAUCGGCGAUCAGCCAUUCGCACACACAUUCCACACGCAUUCAAAUCGAGCGGCUGAGAGCCGCUGAUGUCCUGCACACGAUAUACGUAACAAUACAAUUUACUUAUCUACACACACAAACACACACGAACACAUACGAACACACACGAACACAUACGAACACACACGAACACAUACAAACACACACGAACACAUACGAACACACACAUACACACUCGUACGAGUCUCGCGAAGACAAUCCGCGAGCCCGUACGAAUGGUAAUCUGCAUAAUUAAUUGCGUACGUAUAUACAUAUAUUAAUCACGAACACGCGUACACGAGUAUCUAUACGUACACGUUUGUAAUAUGUAUAUACAUGUAUUAUCAAAAGAGGUGAAGUAGAACGUAAGCUGAUCGCGGCUACUUCGAGAAAUCAAAUUUGCGUGUGCGCGGACGAUGUUGUGAGGACGUGUGUGGAACCGAGAGAAUGAGAGCGAGCGAGCGGACGGGCGGAGGGGGAGGAAACACGAUGGAGAUAAGUAAAAUAAUAAUAAUUGACGACGACUGUAAACGGUUAAACAAGCGCCGCGGGGGGCGCGGGGUAUGCGCACGUGGUCGAUAUCCUUGAAAUGUUUCGCGCGUGGGGAAUGGAGGAAAUCGAGUGUGUGCAGCGUUCAUCGGAGUGCUCGUGAUGGGCGAGUUCGCGUAAAUGCAGCCUUUUCGAACGAUAAAUUAUAUAUAAAUACCAAAACGCUGAAUUCGAUGCAAUCGGAGCAUUCGCAAAUGCGCUACAUCCGGAGAAAGGUUUUCCCUUUGAGUCAAGGUUUGUUUGACUCAAAGAAAUUUAUGCGUCAUUGCCGUACGGUUAAAGAAAAGUUUCUUUGAUUUGAAGAAAUUUUUUCGUUGUUUCCUUUUAUUAGAAUUAAAGAAAUAGUUUGGUUGUGUAAUGCAAAUCUUUUCUCAAACGAAAGAAGUAUAUUUUUAAAACCAGAACAACUAAAUUAUUUCUUACACUUCUCGUUGAAGGUGCUUUCUUUGAAUUAAAUAAUUAUUUGUUUAAAUUAAACAAAUAAUUUAUUUACUUUAAAAAGGCUGAUAAUAAUGUUAUUUCUUGAAAUCAAAUGAAUUUUUGUUUUUCCGCAAAGCUAUUUUUCACUUCAACUUGGAAAAGUUGGAAGAAACGCGAUUUCAUUAAUUUAAACAAUAUUUUUUCUCCAGGUGUAAAUUUCGCGCAAAAAGCCGUCUGUAACUUUUCAUUUUGCGGCUGCAUUUUUCGGCAAAACAUUUCUUUAUGCAAUAAAUCGAAGAAACCAUUCAAAUGUAAUGUGCAAAAGUUGAGAAAAGAGAUUUGCUAAAACAUUUUGACAAAAAUUACGACUUCGUGCAAAGGUGCAUCUUUCGCGGAUAAUCGUUUACAUUGGUACACUUUCUUUUUCUCUACUGGUGAUACGAGACGACAUCGCGUCUACUCCAUCACAAUCGCUCCGAUAAAGCUUGCGACGAUAACGUCGGUGCUCCUUCGGCGCGCUUCCUGUUUUGAUAACGUCGCGAAGGGGGAACGACACUGCGAACAGUAGGUAUUCGUGACGAUUCGGUGAUUACACACCGGCUUUGAAAUCGCGAAGCGGCGUUACGUCUCGUUUUGCAUAAUGAAUCGAUGAAAAACGGCUGUAAAUCUGUAUAAAGGGUUUUCCAGUUGAAAUAAUUAUUUUAUUAACUUGGUCGUUUGUACGUGUGCGGUUUUUGCGGUGUAACGGGGAGAGAGUUAUAUAUUCGGGGGCGAUAAUAUAUAUGUAUACGUGUACGUGCGCGCUUGGAAUUGGCUCAAUUCUUCCUCAAUCGCGAGAAGAUCGACCGCCCUCAAAUGUAUUUUUGUUACUGACGUUGUUAGGCGUACACCUGAGAGAAGGAGAGUGAAAGAGAGAAAGAAAAAGAAAGAGAGAGAGCAAAAAAAAAAUGUGAAAGCCUAUAAAUAUAUAUUUUUCUCUCAGAGACAGGAAGAACUCCCAACGUGUGCGUCGAACAAUUUUGAUGCGCGAAACAAAUCUUUGUUGAAAUUCAAUUCUAUGCCGACUGUGGACUUUCAAUAAUACUGGAAGCAGCUAUCGGGGAUUAAAACGCUGCGAAUUUUCGCCGAAGAUUACCCCGCAUCUCGUAUCAGGAGUCUCUUUCUCUCGCAAAAAGAAAAAAAAAGAAAAAAAACACGAGAAGCAAAAAAACAAAGCUCUCAAGUGUACGUCAGACUUUACUCGUACAUGCGACGGUGACGUUGUUGGUAGAACGGAUUCGCAUUACGGUACGUGCUCGCGUGCACGGUUUUGAACGAGAGGAGGAAGCAGGUUUUCGAUAUCGCGGAUACGGCACGUCGAGAAGGUUGAGAAGGGUUUUUCGUGACGGUGACGCAACGGAUCGGCGCAACGUCCGCAACCCCUCGUUCGCAAAGCCCCCCCCUCGGUCGCCGAUAUUCACGUUUGUUUGGUUUUUAUUGUCAGAAGUUUCUAUUUUUCCAUAAUACGAUAAGGGACGAUAAUAUUUACUACUGAUAUAUAUGUAUGUGUGUGUGUGUGCAUUUGCGUGUGCAUGAGUGUAAGCGGCAGCGUCCGAUCGAGAGAAAGGGAGAGAAAGAAAGGGGUAAGAGAGAGAGGGAGAGAGGGAGAGAGAGAGCAACCAGAGAUCGAAGCAAGUUUUUUUUAUAAUGACAUGGUUUGUUAAGCAUUAAAAGGAGGCCACAUGUGUGUUGCGGAAGGUACUUUAACAGUGCCCAUCAUCGGGGCUCGAAAAUCGCGUCCGUCGUGUUGACAUGGGAAUUGUUGCUAUUAAAGUAAGGGGAGUCUUAAAUCGGAACCGAUGAGAUUUGUAAGGAAAAAAUAAAGGUUUAAGAUCGUACCUCUUGUUCUGACUUCUUUUCUUCUUUCUUCCUUUUCUUCUUCUCUUUUUGAUUUUCGAGCCCCGUGUCUGUUAUUACCUAUGGCGAAAGAUACGAGAUGUAGCAGUGAAAAUGAAGCAAAGAGAUGUUGCAAAGUUACCCAAGUUAAAAAACGAUGAAGGUAGGGGGACGAGGCGGAGUGAAGACGAAUUGGAUACGAGUGAGUGCGAGCGAGAGGGAGAGACAAUUUUUUUCUUGUUAUGAACUAAGUGUGCCUAGUCAAUAGAGAAUAUAUCUCGUCAAUUUUAAUAUUAUAUAUAUUAUAUAUAUUAUAUAUAUAUUACUACGAUUAUAUGAUUUAAACUUGAUACUCUCUGUAAUAUUAACGAUGUGGAAACCUAUCGGACGUGAGGAUAAGGUGGAGAAAACGAAAGAAAAGGAGAAAAAAAAAACCGUAAUGAGAUGCGACAAUGAUUGUGCUGUGUUGUACUACGAAAUGUUGGCCUGUGACUUAUAUUUGUAGCGAUUAUACGUACGUACCCCGCAUAAAAAGAGAGAAAAAAAACAAGGAGACGGUAACAACCAAGAUACCAAACAAUGAAGUAAUAACGAUACGCGAGUCACACACACACACACAUACGUACAUAUAUAUACGUGUCUAUAUAUGUAGGUUGUGCGACUUUUUUCAGUCGGGAGAGUCGGAUCCCUCGAAGAGAAUCGCGAACGGUCGAUUGCAAUCGAUUGAAACCGAAUUUGCGAUCUCCCGCAAAAUGUUGAAUUUCUAAUUUUGUUCUUUUGAGGAAAAAAAAAGCAAUAAUUAUGUUUUAUCGGGAGGAGCUUGAAAGAAAAAGAUCGCAAGCUCAAAGUCAGUCGAGUCUCAUCGAGAACGCAGCUUGCUGCGAUAAAAAGAAAAUAUUAUCGCGAAUUACUCGGAAUCAAAAUGGACAGGAAUGUCAAGAAGCUUCGCGAUUCUCAUCCUUUAGUUACGCAGGCAUGAGGGCCAAAGCUCGUAAUAACGAGAAGCGCUCAUGCGUGCUUCGACUCGUAUUGAGGGUAGAAAAUUUGAGAGAGCCACGAGAACGAGAAAGGAAUACGAAAAGGAAUUUUGAGACUGGCAACCGGUAAAGUGGAUCAAUGAUAAAUUCGUUCGGCUCUUCGUUGCUCUCUCUUAUUUUUUUAUGCCCAUCUCUCUCUUUCUCUCUUCUCCCCCUCUCUCUCUCUCUCUCCCUUUCUCUGUUUCUUAUGCAUUCCGCGUGUUGGAAAUGUAGAACGCAAUUUGUGAACUUACGGAAAGCCGGAGUAGCGAUACCGAAAAAUAAUAAAAAUCAUGCCUGCGAGAAUGUGAGAGUACGUCUGUAUGUGUGUGCGUGUGCGUGUGUGUGUGUGUGCGCGCGUACGUGUGCAUGUCUGUCGUAUGUAUGCGAAAGAAAGACACCGAGCGAGAAAUAUUUUUUCUAAUAAAGACUCGUCCCAGUCAUGGCAAACGCAACCCCCUAUCUUGUUACGUGCGAAACUGAUUCGCUAUUAAUGAUUAAUUCGUUGUAAAAGCAGAUGUUGGAUUGUGAGUGAAAGAAGUAGAGAAGAAGAAGAGAGAGAGAGAGAAAGAGAGAGAGAGAAGGGGAGAAAGAAAGACAGAGAGAGCGAGAGAGAAAGAGAAUUUCUCUUAAAACCAAAGACAGUGUAAGGAGAAUAAGAUAGUGAAUAAGAGAAAGAGAGAGAGAGAGAGAGAGAGAAAGAGAGAGAUGGGAAAGCCAGAGGCAGAUAUUAAAGGGUCAUAUCAAGAUUGGUUAUGGAAUAAGAGGGCUAUUUAUUUAGGAUAUAACUAAAUGGUCUGUUUUAAUGUGUCACGGGCUACACGUACUGUACUAUAAUAUCUAACAAUAAAGUAUUUUGUUUGCUUCAAGAAA